AUGCUCUCCUCCUCACGCGGGUUUAACCUCUAUAUAUAUAUCCACGCCAACAUGCUUUUAUUGUAAAGGAUAUCGUCGAUAUAAACGCUCAUACAACACAUACAUACAUAUAUACAUACAAUCUUCUUCGCCUUCCAAAUCAAGAGACCUGUUCGAAGAUGAGCCAAUCCGGUCAGAACCAAACUGCAGGAGCGUAUCCUCCACCGCCGGUGUCGAGGGGGCCCUACAUAGAACCACCGCCGGCCGGUUAUCCGACGGUGGACACGUACCAUCAGACGGUGGGUCCUUCCAAAGUGGAGACCAAGUCCAGGGGUGAUGGCUUUUGGAAAGGCUGUUUCGCGGCUCUGUGUUGCUGUUGUGUCCUCGAUGCCUGCUUCUGAGGAGGAUUCUGCACUACGAGUUAUGCAAUGAUACCUAUACAUAAUAUAUUAUAUCUUUGUGUAUUUGUAAUCUCAUGAUUGUGUUCUAUGGAAUUCCUAGAUUUAUUUAUUUAAUUUUUGUCCA